AUGGGAAAUGGGCCUUUUUUCUUGACAAGAGCGUACUUGGCGUUAGUAACAAUUUCAAGUGGUUACUGGGGGUCGUGGGGAAGACCGCAGUUUAGCACUAGUUGGAAUAAUACGAGAGAUUGGAAGAGAGAAUUGGCCGAUAAGGAAGGUUAUUUUACCAACACUUGGGCCGUGGAAAUCGACCCUGCAGAAGAACACGUAGUCGCAGCGAUUGCGAAAAGACAUGGUUUUUCAGUCAUAGGAAAGGUUAGUUAAAGUUAAUUGGAAGAAAGACUGUGGAAUUAUUUGUAACAAUAUUUGCCUGGAUGAAGUUAGAACGCAGUUAAUAUUAUGAAUUAUCCAAACAACACAUGGUGGCCGACAUGGUUGAGUAAAAUCCGUUUUUCUUGUGCAUGGGAUGUACUUUCCUUUUACACCUAGCAGAGAAGUGGAUUAAAAAAAGAAAACUUUAAGUCGCCUUAUAUUUGCCAUUAUCACGAGUAUUGAAUUUCUAAGUACUUUCAAGAGAGAUACAUUGUCUCAUUAUACAGACCAAUUUUUCAAAAAAUGUGGCCAUUCCCUUUGGUUGCAAUGUGAAAAGGCAAUACUGAUGUAAAACUGAUGAUAUUUUCUGAUCCUUAAAUAAAUUCCUUGAAAUUUUUAUGUGUAACAUAUAUGAUGCUAUCUUUAAAACAGUGAAUUGACUUGUGUCAAUAUUUCAAUAUAGAAACCAGCUAGAAGACCUAAUUUAUUGGCACAUGUCUUAUCAGGCUUUAAAAGCAUCUGCCUGCAUGCAUACUGCCAAAUCUUUGAAUGUUUUUAAAUGUUUUAAAUAUGUAUAUAGAAAUAAUAGUGAAAUUAAUUUAGAUCUUCAAAAACCCUAUCUUUCUUAUUUGAAAGAUUAGUCAAGUUUUGGUGUUCCACAUGUGGCCCUUAAAUGAGAAUGCAUUAUUUUUAGAUUGGAGAUCUUCCUGGUCAUUAUCAUCUUAGACAUGAUGAAGUGGAUGAACUUAAUAAAGAGCACAACAGAGACAAAACUGAUAGAUUAUUACUUGAGAAAGAGGUUAGUCUCAGAACAAAAGAGUGCGUCAAAUCACAAAUGUUUGAUCUUCUGAUUUGAGCAAUGACAAGAGUAUUAACUGUAUUUUUGUGAGCACAUUUCUUAAUAUUUUAUUUUACUUUUAUGUUAAAUUUUAACAUCAGCAAGACUUAGAAUUUCUUAGGCACCUUUAGCUUGUGGAGGAUUGUAUGAUAGGGGUUGUAUUUUCAUAGAAUAAGUACAAUGUCCCAAAAACAUCACUGGUGAAAAGGUUGGAUGUAACCUAUGAUCGAUAUGUAUGGAAAAAUGCAACAUGACAUCCAAUUGUAUCUAAACCAGGUAAAGUGGGCAGAACAGCAAAAGAUUCUUCACAGAGUUAAACGUGAUGGAAUACCUACAGAUCCGAAGUUUAGAGAAAUGUGGUAUUUGGUAAGAUGAGUAUGUUUUACAACUAAUAUGUGUGGUAGUUGAGGUACCUGAACUUGUAAUGAAAAAAAGUACAACAGCAUAGGGUUGUAUGGACAGUGAGUACCUUAGAUAUCACAGGUCCUCUGCUAUGUCCAUCCCACCUCAAGAAAUUAAACUUUUCUCGUGGUUAACUAUCUGGAUCCAGCCUGGAAUGUUAACCCUGAGGUAUGAGCCCACACAGAGAGAUAUGUUUACAGUGAAUUUGAAAAGGAGCCAUGGAGAGGAGAUGAGAGCAGCAGAAAAUAAAAGACUUGAUGCUCCUAUGUUCCCCAGAAAUCUUUCUCACCAAGCUACUUUGAAAAAGAAAAAAAAACCAAAAGGCUGAUCUAGUGGUGCACCAUGAACACAGGCACUGACCAGCAUCUCUUGUUAACAGUUAGCUUCACCUUUGUUAGCUAUUUUAAUUCAAGGCUAUGAUUAAUGAAUAAUGAUAUUUUUAUCAGCUCAAUGAAGGUCAGACAGGAGGACCUGUUGGAGUGGAUAUUAAUGUCCUUCCAGUCUGGAGGAAAGGCUAUACAGGCAAAGGAAUUGUGGUGUCUAUUUUAGAUGAUGGUGGGUACUGGAUUAUGACUGAAAUGAUUCACAAAAAAAAGUCAUGAGUGACUUCCUAUUGAUUAUAAGAUUCUCCUUUCAGAUUUUCACUUUUUCCUUGUAAAACAGAGGGAGAAGUUGAUGUUAAACCAAAAGUCACAUUGGGUUUUAUUCUGCACACUCAUAUCCACUCCAAAUCUCUAUUCACAGUACAGAUUUAAAGUCUGAAAAAGGGGCAUCUUUAACCUAGUUACCGCCAACAUGUAACUUUUCCUGCCAGUUUCAGUUACAUAACACUAUCUUGAAAACAAAAUUAGAUGUUCAGAGAACAAACUUAGAUGUUCAGUGAGAGGUCUGUUUUAAAAAAAUCAAAUUUUCCUUGAGGUGUUACUCUGAGCUUGAAGGGGGUCAGUUACUCAAAGAGUUCUGUUGUAUCAACUUUGGCAGUUGAUGAAUUUUCAUCACAACUGAGGACUUUUCAAGAAUAUUAUAUAUACUUAUGGCAGUUGAUCAUUAUAUGCCUAGCAAUUAUGUGAACAGUACACUAACUAGAGUGCAUAAUUAUAAUGUCAUGACAAAAUUUACUUAGAGCCAUUGAAUAGUGACUUUCUUGCCAUAAAGUCCUCUGCAUUCAUUUUCUUUUCUGCCAUGAUAGUCAAUCUCUAUUCAUGUGGAAGAUGCUAAUUUUUUUCAUCUAGUUCCUAGACUCUAAUAUUUUAAUUUUAUUUUUUAAGGUGUUGAUCAUACUCACCCAGAUUUGGCAGCAAAUUAUGUAAGUUAUCAUUUUUAACGUCGUUGUAUUUCAUGUAAAUUUAAGAUAGACAAUGAUUGUGCAGGUGCAGUACUUCAGAUGGACGGCAUGAGUGAAAAAAAGAUACAAAACAUUCUUAUCACCCAUUGUUCAAAAUAUUUAAGGUAGUUCUGAACCAUUUAUCACAUUUUUAAGUAAAGAGAAAACAUUAUUGUGACAAAAUCAUUAAUUUUAAAAUAAAAAAAUCAUUAAAAAAUGACAGAAAAAUUUUUAAUCUGUUAAAAACUGAAACAUGUAAGCAAAAUUGAAAGCUCAAGGUGUUAGAAAAUUUGUAUAGUUUUUUAUGGUAACCAGACUAAGUUAACUCACAAGUUAAUAUGGAGUGAUAGUGCAGAAUUGUCAACUUCAAGGAAUCAUUACUGAUAUCUGCUUUGACUUGCCAUGAACAGAGUUGUAUUGCAUACACUUUUUGUCAUUUUUAUUAAUAUUUGACAGACAGAUAUGGUAACUUUCUUCCUUUUGUUCCUCCUUUAAUUUGUGAAUUGCAGGAUCCAAAAGCUAGCCAUGAUUUCAAUGAUAAUGACGAUGACCCUAGACCACGAGAUACUGAUCCUGACAACUGGUAAUAAAUCAAUGUUAACCAUUUAAAUCCAUGAGUGACGAAGACAGAAUUUCUCCUUACAAUAUCAAUACAAUAUCAACCCACUAAGUGAUGAGAAUAAAGAAAAAUGUCAAUUUGGGGAUAAUUAAUUGAUCCAAUACUAAAUUCUCUGAACUAACAUUAUAUGAAUUGCAUGAUUGACAGUAAGGAGAAUUACAAAUUUGAUGUGGGAGUUAAAGGGUUAACAGUAAACUGAUUAUCAAAUAAUAGAGGUAUUACUCUUAGUGAAUGCGAUCACGUUACAUGAACAGUUGUCAGGCAGAAAUUGCGCACAGAAAUUGCACCCAGUGCACGCUUUUUCAUAUGGUAAGGUCUUUGCAAGGUGUAAACGAGGAUGGUCAAGAUUUGAAAGACUUGAAAUGAUCGGUCCGGAUCGAAAACAACGAAAAAUUAGAAAAAGAAGGGUCCCAAUUUUUUACAGUGCUCUAAUUGUGCACUCCUUAAAAUGAUACAGGAGGCUGAUGUUUUUCCUUCUUUUUAUCUCUGAAUUUUAAGUCAUGGCACCCGAUGUGCGGGAGAAGUUGCAGCUUUAGCAAACAACACCAUUUGUGGAACGGGGGUCGCGUACCACGCGCAUGUAGGAGGUAGGAUUAUUUUAGAGAAAAUAACUUCGAUCUGUUUUUGCUAUUGUAAAAUAAGUGAUGUAUUUCUCUGUGAGCAGCCAACGAUUCGGCAUAGCGAUAUCCUCGCAUGUCACCAGAAGAUUCUUUUCAUACAUUUUUUUUCUCUAGAAAUACAUUUUGGUGCAAUGUUGGUGGUUGUAACGUUUGUACUUUCGGAUUUCGAUGGUUGCCAGUAUUGAGCCAGAAAUUAACAACUUUUUCAUAACUGAAAAGGCGCAUCAUGGAUUUAUAAGUGUUGCUGUAUGAGCCUUUUUUUUUCCCCUGUGCUUUUGCGUUUCGCUCUGGUCGUCAGAAAAAUCCAGAAUUUAGUAAGCCUAAUAAGCUUCAAUUUAAUAAUAAUAAUAAUAAUAAUAAUAAUAAUAAUAAUGAUGAUAAUGAUAGUAAUAGUUAUAAUAAUAAGAAUAAUAAAAUAAAAGCAUUUGUUUAGACACGAUAAAAUUACAGCGUAGCUGAUGUGGUUGUGUAUUCUAAGUUUGUCAGUGAUUUCUCUCAAAUCUUGGGACUCAAAUCUGCGCAAAACUUAUGUAUUGUUUGGUAUAACAGAGUAAAUUUUCUAUCAUUCAAGGCGUUCGCAUGUUAGACGGUAAAGCCACUGACGCGUUAGAGGCGAGCUCGCUGGGAUUUCAACUUCAAUAUGUAGACGUAUUCAGUAACUGUUGGGGACCAAAGGAUGAUGGGAAAACUUUCGGGAAGCCGGGUCCUUUGGCGGCUAAGGCGCUGAAGAGAGGAGCUGAAACGGUAAGAUACGAUGAGAUAUUUCCUGUUUGGUUUUAUUGAAAGUAAGUGUAGUAAAAAUGAAAUCAUGCUUAAGAUUUCCGUCAGUUGCCCAGUCAGUUAGACAGUCAGUCAGUCAGUCUGUCAGUCAGUUAGUGAGCCUGUCUAUUAGUCCCUCUGUCUCUCUUAAGGGGUUCUGGAGAAGCUGUUGUGCUGCGUUGGUGGGGAAGGAAGGGAGAUUUCAAGAUAAUUUGGUUUUAUCAAUUGAGUUGAUAAUGUAAAUUGGCCGCCAAAAAUAGUGUGUAAAGCUGACGUUUCGAGUGUUAGCCCUUCGUCUGGGCGAAUCAACGUGAACCAUUCUCUCUGACGAAGGGCUAACACUCAAAAGUUCAGCUUUAGAUACUCUUUAUGGUGGCCAAUUUCCAUUAUCAACUCAGUUGAUAAAACCACAUUGUCUUGAUUCUAUGUGUCUGUGUCUGUCUUUCUGUCUGUCUCUCCAUCAGUAAUAAAGUAUAUAAGCCAGCCAUCUAGUCAACGAGCAAGUCAUUCAGCCGACAAUGCAUGACACAGAACUAAAUGUUGAUUCCUUAACUUUUCUCGCUUCUUAUUUUACCUUUUCAUCUCCUUCUGCUAUAUAAGUAGCCCAAUAAGUCCGUAAUUUCAGUUUUCCCAUAAAAUUAUCCAAGAUUAGAAGCAACUUAUGGCAUUCACAAUGGCUUUUGUAGGGUCGCGGUGGCAAAGGAAACAUUUACGUGUGGGCGACUGGCAAUGGAGGUCUUACAGAUGAUGACUGUAACUGUGAUGGCUACACUACCAGUAUAUACACAGUGUCUAUCGGCUGUAUCGGUGAUCAUGGCCUCUCUGCUUACUACACUGAGCUGUGCUCAUCCACCCUCGCAGUAACAUUUAACGGAGGUGCACACAGAGAGCGCGAAGAAAACAAAAUGGUAAGCUGACAGCUUUUCAUACUUACCCUGUAAUUUUAUGGCAAUUCACUGAAGUGAAGUAAUAUUUAUUAGUCUUAAAUUUGGGUAAAUUGUACUGCUUAUCGUCAUUUUUCAUUAGAGAUCAAGUUAAAAAUUUACGUAUUGUAUACCUCAAAAGAACGCCCCCCCACAGAAUGCAGAGCGCUUGUGAAACAUGAAUCUACUAUAUGGCUAUUUUCGCUAGCAUAUAGAGCUUCCAAUCGCAAGAAAAUCGGAACAAGUUGCAGUUAAGAUUUGUGUCACUGUUCCACUUUAGAGGCAAAGUUCGACAUCCUUUUUUUUAAUUGAACUGUUUACAGAUAACUACAGACCUCCAUCAUCAAUGUACAGAACAGUUCAAAGGGACUUCAUCUGCCGCCCCUUUAGCAGCAGGAAUGAUAGCUCUUGUGUUGGAAGCGAAGUAAGCUAUUUUUCUAACGCUUUCUAGCAAUUACUAUCUUCAGCGUCUGCGCUGACAUUAGCGAGUAAUUCACAGAUUUUAUCAGACAGUGGACUCUCUAAAUUGCUUGUUCACGACAUUGGUUGGAUUUUUAACCAAUUGACGAAAAUGUAUUUAUCAUUAGAGCAUUUUUCAAUUGAGCGACGAAAGUGACUCAGGAUUGCUUUGGUUUGCUUAACUUUGAUCUGUGAUUGUUCCAGAAAGCUCGCUCCACCUUCUCAACCAAUCAGAUUCAAAAGUAAAAGCAAUCACGAUUUGCUCACUCGCGUUUUCCCGCCUUUCUCGCAGUAUGCCUGUUUGUACUAGAAGCUCUAAUUGGCUAAUGAUGAUGUCAACCUUCGCUCCGAUUGGCUGAGAUUGUAAUUGCUUUGGUUUUGGUUUUUCCAAACUCUAGUAAAAAAUACUCUAUUUUUUCAUUUCUUUCUUCAUUCAUCUUUUCUUACUUAUACUCUUGAUGUAAAUCUUUCGCAGUAACAAACUCACCUGGCGGGACAUGCAACAUAUCAUUGUCAGAACAGCUAAACUAACGAGUCCUGUGGAUGAUGGAUGGCGGACAAAUGGAGCAGGAUUUCAUUUCAAUCACAAGUUUGGUUUUGGUCGCCUGGAUGCCGACGCUAUGGUAGAAAUGGCAAAAACAUGGACUUCGGUACCAGCACAGCGGAUUUGCACUGGAGCAGCUAGUAUAGAAGAAAGGUGACUUACAUCACAGUUUCAAAAUUUUGCAAAAACUUGACAUUCCAGCCUGAAAGACUUUGUUUUGGAAUCGUACUGAGUUUUUUUUGUUAAGAUGACGAAAAUGCCUGGGACUCUUUUUCAUCUAGAAGAGCUAUUUCUCAAUACUUAAGAUCAAUUUUAAGCGUCAAAAAUGUCCUAUGAAUGUAAUGGAGGAUGAAAAUGGUAACAUAGAUAAGGCGAAAAUGAAUCAAAGCGAUCAAAAUAGAAUUGAAGAAAAAGGAAAAAAGAGAAAAAAAAUGAGGGUGGAUGCUACAAUUUAUGAACUGUGGCAUUAGCCUUUUUGAAAUCCAUGUCCCUGGUUCAAAGGUGAAGGGAAAAUAGCGCUUUGCAUUAAAAUUUGUCUAAUUUGACUGAAAAAAGCAAAGAAAAGUUGAAACCACAGGUAAAAUUGAACAACAAGUCAUAUACCGUGCUACUACAUCGCUGUGGUCUUGUUGACAGAGUAGCUACAAAAACCCCUCGACACCACACGCUUUAAUCGGGCGUGAUUGUGUCUGAAACUUUACAGUUUUUUGACAGAGUAGCUUCGAAUUCCCUCAACACUACAUGCUUUAAUAAGGCGAGAUUGUGUCUUUCACUUUACAGGGAUAUCCCUUCAGGUGGUGCACUGGAGCUGUCCAUACCCACUAAAGCAUGCGCGGGGACUGUUGCCGAGAUAAACAAACUUGAACACGUGGUACUCACCAUCAGCUUUAUUCACCGACGCCGUGGUGACGUCAGCAUUCUACUGAUGUCACCAUCAGGGACGAAGAAUGAAAUGCUUUCUACUCGACAUUACGACGACUCCAAGGAGGGUCUUGAUAACUGGGGCUUUAUGACCGUACACUGCUGGGGUAAGUGUUGUCUAUAAGAUAAAAUAUUCGCAGUGGUGGAGUGCAUACCAAUUAGGUGUCGUGUAAUUUCACAAAGCUUGUUCGGAAGGCUUGUAUAACACUGAGUUUUAAUUCAAUGUUUAACUCUAUACAGGUGAAAAUCCUCGCGGUUUCUGGCAGCUUAAGCUCAUUGAUAAUCCGCUGAACGAGAUUGGGGACCGUGUGUUGAACGGUUACGGUACACUACACCUGGACACGAGCAAACAAGAUACGGAUGUAGAAGAUUUGGAGGAACAAGUUAUUGACGAUCAAACCAAGCAGCAGCAAACUCGCGUUCAGCAGCUGAAGAUGCAGGUAUUGUGGCGAAAAUACGAAAGGUGGUUUUCACCGGAUGCUAUGUUGUGUUUUUAUUUACAGUUACAACCUUUUUACAAAUUGUUGUGCUUGAAAGUAAUCGUUGUCUUCCCGCGCUUUGUAGUCACCGUUUCCCUGCCCUUUGGCGUCGGUCACGGUUUCGCGCCGUUGAUAGUAAUCCUUGUUUUCCUGCGCUUAGAAGUAGUCACCACUUACCUGCCUGCACCUGAUUUGUUACUGCUUCCCGCGCUUGAAAUUAAUCCUUGUUUUCCCGCGCCAGCGGAAGUCAUCGUUUUCCUGCGCUUAGCGCAAGUUACAGUUUCCCACGCUUUAAAGUAAUUAUUGUUCUCUUGCCCUUAGAAAUAGUCACCGUUUAGCGACCUACACCAAGUCGGUUACAGUUUCUAGGCCCUUAGAAAUAUUCACCGUUUACCUACCUACACCAAGUCGGUUACAGUUUCCAGGCCCUUAGAAAUAUUCACCGUUUACCUACCCGCACCUAGUCGUUUACAGUUACAUAUAUUUGAGGUGGUCAAUUUUUUCGCGCUCCUCACACAACCUUUUGCUUAUCUGCGUCUGACUCUAAUAACAAUUGUAGUAACUGUUAUUUACUAUUUUCUUUGAACAGAACGACCAUAUUGAUUUUCCAUAUCCCCCGGGAGUUAGACGAAACGAGGUGCGGCACCAGAACAGCUCGGAAAUGAGUGAGCAAAGCGUCAUAGACGAUCUUUAUAAUCUCACAGAAAGCGAUGUGGCUAGCGCCACGGAGUACGUUUACGAUCGAAGCCGAAUUGCGUACCCCGAGGGAUCGGGAAGUGGGGAUUUUUCUGGCAGUGACGAGGAUUUCUCAGACCCUGGACUUGACUUAAAUCCACAAGAAUCGGGAAGUGGGCGAGAGUCUAAAGCUUAUGUUAGUGAGGGAAUUCCCUUGGAAGAAAUACCCGACGAGGAAAUGGAUGCCGAGGAUCGAGACCACGUUUCAGACCCCUCGGAUUCGAGCGGGACAUCCCGGGAUGAUUUCCCCGAUGAUGAAGAUUUUAUCGACGAAGACACUAUGGAUGAGAACAACGGUUUUAAAGAUACUCUCCGAGAAACACCAUCUGUACUUAAGAAUAAGAAAUCUAGAGGGAGAAAGAGGCACUCGAAGACAACCUUUGCCAAGAAAAGUGUUGUAGUGAACAAUAAUUCUAAUACGAUAAAGAAAAAGGUCCAAGUUGCGGCUGAGGAAACCGCAACCCAGCGUGUUCAAGUAAACGCGGGUUACGAAAAUCCCGAGAUUCCAUGUCUCGCCAGCGGCUGUUCUGGGGUUCUAUUAAAAUGGGUGGUCACGUUUUAUGGAACUGAAAAUUAAUCACAUUUAGUAUAGCGAUUUUUAUUAAUUUAUCUGUUUUAUAAUUCUUUCGAACAGAAACAUCACCACUAGGACCCUAUACCAUCUGGAAGUUUUGCUAAAUUUUGAUAAACGGCUUGGAUAGGGCGUGCCUUCAAAUUAGACCCUGAAUGACGAAUUGGCUGAGCCAUGAAUUCGAUUUAGGAAUUUUUUUAAAUUGAAAGGCGCUCUUUCACAGAGAGUUUCCUUCUUCAAGCCGAUUAUCAAAGUUAUGAAAACCAUUGUUUGCUUUAGGGGGACUCUGCUUCGGAAAAAGAACGUGGUUUUUUACCAAUACUUUGCUCUGGUUCACCGCACAGUGAAUUGUAGAAUAUUUUCUGACAAGUUUUGUACUGUGCUAACGAACAUACCGCUACCUCAUUCACACAAAAGCUAAAACAUGUGUCAAGACUGUUUUGUUAAACACGGUCUUCAAUUUAUAUCUUUGUAGGAGCCGCUUAAAUCGAUGUUUGUCGACUUCAUAUUUUGCACAUUUAAAAUACAAGUUAGUGACUACCUCCCCCCUAUGGACAAUUCAGUUUUUCAGUUCUCUGCGUCUGAUUUUCAUUUAGUUAAACCCGGUCUUAGAAAGUUGUGCUGGUUUGAAUGGGGUAGGAGCCCAAAAGCAAUCAAAUCAAGUGUAAACUGUAGGACGUUUAUUUCACAGAAAAAGCACGCAGUGAUUUCAUACACAUAGGUGUUAUCCCCCCCCUUAGGAAUACAAAACCGUAAACUAAGUGCAUCCUUGACCAUGAAGCUCACUCUAAAAACACCCAAGUUCUGUCUCUAUUCUGCAUUAAUUCCUGAAAUUUUCUCCAAUAUUUUAUCUUUGUGACAAGGAGGACUACGCCAGUUCGUGAGAUUGGUAGCCCACCUCAAUCAGUGUGUAGAGAAUAUAGUUUUACAUGAUUGGUUUCCAUCGUUUCCAUAGUGAAUCCACUCCAUUCCCUUACCUAGCUUGCAAUUUUUUUGCAGUGAGUGUCACAUUAAACAAAGUUGUUUUUAAGAGGUGUUGACUCAUUUCAUAUUUGACUAAAGCUCUGGUGUUUAAGAUAAGAGAGCAAUUUACAAAGGUUACCUCCGAAAGCGAUGAACAAGUGUCGAGCAUGGCGUACAACUAGUCGAUCGUGAGGUAAGGGGUUGUGCAGUGCCCUUGAACAAGACACUUAAGCUUUGAUCCCAAUAGAACAAAUCAGCACCAGCGAAUUAUUAGUAUGUAUGUAUAGAUGGAUGUACGAAUUUGCGAUAUUUAGACAGUUUGGCCCAGUUCAGCUCAAAGCUGGUUAAAAUGGGGGCCUGUGUAAACAAUGACAACGCGAGACCACAACGCCAGGAACUACGUUUCCUACUCUUUACGAGAAGUGCAUGGGUUCUUUGACGUCCCCUGCUUGCCAGUACCGAGAAGAGACAGGACAAGUUGCCAACGGGUUAUCGUCCUUGUUGAAAUACUAAAUGUAGCGCCUUAGAUAAACGAACACAAUGACUACUAAUGCGAGCAAGAUUAUCAGUUUCGUUUGGAGUUAUCGACAAAGAGUGACACCAGGUCGCAUACGUCAUGCGACAACAACAAAAACUUUGUAGGCGCCAGGAUUACACAUAAUUAUGUAAUUGUCUUUGUUCGUGGUUUUCUUUCUUUUUCUUACCUUAGUUUUAGCGUUUUCGUAGUUCUUUAAUCUUUGCUAAUUAUUCUUAUAUUUUGAGCCAAACUUCUUCCCGAUUCAAGAAGUACCUAUACGAAGUCUAGCCCAACCAUGAUUUUACGCAAACAGUGGGCCUCGGGUUUUCUCUAUAGAGGGCUGAUUCUCUAUAAGAGAGUUUAACAUAAUGACCAGCUCCCAGUUGGGUAGUUUGCUAAGUUGGUAGAGCAUUGCACCAGUAUCGCAGAGGUCAUGGGUUCAAAUCCCGUACAGGCCUGAAUUUAUUUCCAUUACUGCUGAAGUAGUGUUCAUCAUGUUCAUGUUCAUAUUGCCUUCAUAUUCAUCUAAUUCUUUUAAUCCGCAAUGCACAUAUGAUUUCAUAUAUUCAAAGUCAUUACUAACAGUGGAAGGACGUUUAUUUGAAACAAAUGUUAGUUAGCUUUCGACAGUGUUCCAAAAUAAUCAAUGUUCGUAUGAAAGGUCAAGCUAAAUUGAGGUUUGUUUAGGGCGCGGUUAAACAACGGCUAAACUUUGUUUCAAUAACUGGCCCUUAGGCUAAGCUUGUGUGUGUCCAUGUACCGGGUGAAAUACAAAUGAAAAGUAACGAACCUGAACUGUAGCCGCGGUGACGGAGGUGUGUCAGAACUAAAUAAAUUAAAGUUUUUUAUUAUUCCUUACCGUGACUGACAGAAGAUAGAAUUUUAAUGUUUAAACUGAAAGAUUUAAAAGCUUGCUGGUUCUACAUUUAUUCUUUCCAUAAGUUUGGGUAUUUUGCCGGUCUUGGAAACUUAGGGAACUGAACAACGAUCACUUAAGGGGGAACCUAACUUUGUCUUCACUUUCGGUAUAAUUAUUGUCAUUGUAACAAAGUGAAUAAAUACAAAUAGAUACGGUGAAAAUGUCAAACGAUCUUAAAUCAAAGAUAAGUAGGAGCUUAACAUCAAUAAGCACUGAAAUUUCUCCUCAUCUGCUAUUCUUUCGCCCAGCGCGCUCUUACAAAAAUCGUGCCGAUGACCAAUAUCACAAUAUAUUUACGGUACGUCUGCUGCUGAGUGUGAUUUUUGUAGCGGUGAUUAUUUCCUGCAUGGAUAAGCCAAAGAGCUGAGGUUCACCCAAGCGUUUUUCUCAAGACAACCCACAACCUGCUAUCCACCAUGACAUACGCCGUGCAUCAGACUGCGUAAGUAGAUGGCCAUGGUCAUGAAUUUAUUCAACAAAAUUGGGCCUCGAUUUCUCUAACAAUUUCGCUGGAAGUAAAAAAUGAAACCAGUGCGAUGGCGUGUUUACAUCACGUUGUUAAUCCUCGCUUCGGAAAUCGCCGUCUUACUUGGAAAACCUGCUAAGAAAUCGCGGAAAAGAGGAAGAAGAAUCUUUGACACGACACCAAAGCUAACGCGAAGAGAAUGGGAAGAACUUCACAAGUUUGAAGAUGCGCUAAAAAACGACAAUGGAGAGUUAAUGUUCACGAACUCCUGGGCGCUCAAACUCGAUCCAGCGGAGAUUAAAGUCGCAGACAGGAUUGCUAAGAAACAUGGUUUUAUAAACUACGGCCAGGUAGGUAAACUCGAGUUUUUCUUUAUAUUAUUCUGCGGGUGUUCUAAGCUUUGAGUUCAAACGUCAAUAAUUUCUCCCGGUGGCAUUCGGUCACUAAGAGUGGAUUUUGUCAUUAAGAUUCCUUUUUUGAAACUAGAAACUGUGAUUAUGGACUUUUUAAGAUCAUUUCCAGUAAGAUGUCUCGCUUUGCUUCGAUUUCUGUGGAAUUUAAGACAUAUUCUUAAAAUCUUUAUUUCAAAAGCGCCAUGCCACUUAUAAAUCAACAGUUGGUUUUCUUAAUUGAUCACCAGUCAUGUUUUCUUAAUUGUUGACUUCUACUUUACAAUGUAGACUGAAUAUUGAGAAGUACGUAAUUAAGUCUUAAAAAUUUACUCAGCACAAUUUUGCACUGGAAGAUUCACUUAAGAAAGCAACCAGACUUGUUCAAAAUGAGUCGUCCAAUUUUCGCUACAGUAAUCAUUGAUAUUAAUUCUGCAACGUUCUUCAUCCUUAGAAUGCCUCUGUUGCAUCCACUAGAUAAACAAACUAUGUUAUUUUUGUUUGUCCUAAUGACUGAUUUUCUACUUCAAAAAUAUCAUAAACAAAUUGGGAAAAAAAUGCCAUGCUAAUUAGCAUGUGGGUAUAUUUAAAUACUUAGACUAAUUCCAAAUUGCUAUAGUUUUAUCAGUACCUCGGAUUCUUAUCACAAGUAAAGCAAUUAUACUUGCUGAUGAGCUACAACUUUGGCAAUUGCAGAAAAGGAAAAUUUGAGCUACGAAGUCACACUUUGAUGCAGGGGGAAAUUAUAGAGAGUUUUUCUUCCCGUGAAGGAAUCUUAUCACAAUUUUUAAUGAAAUUUUCCUUCCAGUUGCCUUCUUAUGUAUAGGUCAUGGUGAAAUAAGUUGCCGUAGAUGCAAGUGGCAUAUACGGUAGCUCUCGAGUGCUACGAAGGCUUGAAAAGCUCAUCACUGUUUCUCAGCAUUUCUUCGAGUCAGUUCUCAAGUUCAAAGUCGUGCAUAGUCAAAUCAUGACUGCUGAAUAUUGUUUGGAAUAGAGAUUCAUGUAUGUACUGUGGCCGUUAAAUUGUUUGGCUUAGAUGAAAACAUGCAUAGUUUGGGGGUGAGAUCUAUGGCUUUUCCCUUCACAUUCGAGGGAAGUCACCGCAUUUAAAAGACCUUUUAAAAACCAACGGAAAACAUAAGGAAAACCAAGAAAAUUUCAACUGAUAUUCUCUUGGGGAAAAAUCAAUUUAAUUCAAAUAAUUUACGAUGUGCCAAACCCAGAUAUCUUGAUUACCAAACUUGAUCUUAAGGUAUGAAUCUCUGAAGAAAAUUAGAGCACAAUUUAAAUAACCUCUCUAUUAUACAUAUUUUUUUUGUAAUUUCAUACUAGGUUGGCUCUCUCACAGGAUAUUAUCAUUUUAAACACGAAGGCAAAGGCUUAAGACACAAGCGUGAUGUGCACGAAAAAACCAAGCUACUGCUAUCUGAAGAUGAAGUAAGCACAACUUGCUUCCUUAUGUUGUUGUUAUAUUUCCAUACCCAAGAUGAAUUCGUUUGGUGUUUGCGUUCGAAGUAAGACUAAAGGUGCUCAGCGCCCUUUUGUAACUCCUGGUGAAAAAAUGGCGUAUGUUAUAGCGCAAGCUUCCAUAGGUCAGUUGACAAAUCAACUGACUGAAAAUCGUAACUUAUUUGGAAUCAAACCCUCACUGGAACUCAGAUCUUGUUUGUUCCACACCCGUGAUAAAUGGAUCUUGGAUCUCUUGUAUACAUCAGUAAUUAUAUGGCACGUGGCAAACGAUCUUUUUAAAAAAGUGAUCUUUGCAUCUUCCAGGUUGUAUGGGCAGAACACCAACAUAUUUUAGUAAGAUCUAGAAAGGAUGGAAUCCCAUCUGAUCCUAAGUUUAGAGACCAGUGGUAUCUUGUAAGUAUAUUCUUGUUGGCUGGAAGAAAUUUAUUCAUAAGCAAUUUUUCGUGGAGUUCAGUUCAGUUAACGAUUUAAUUGAGCCAGUUAAAACUUUGAUCUGUUAAAUAUAAAGUAAGAUAGAUUAAACGGUUGAUUGUAGGCUAAGAGGUCUCUAGAUACAGAACUAAGCUAGAAACUCUUAUGUCCAAAGAUUCUUUGUUACAACAACAAUUCAAAGACCUCCAUAAAAACGAAAAAUUUGUAUCGUACUUUGCACAUUUUUCUGUAUAUAGUUAAAUCAAGGACAAUCCACUGGCCCGGCUGGUGUCGAUCUUGAUGUGAUGCCUGUUUGGCGGCAAGGGAUCACGGGAAGAGGAGUGGUCAUUAGUAUUCUUGAUGAUGGAGUUGACCAUACUCAUCCAGAUCUUAGAGAUAACUUUGUAAGUCAAACAGUCAGUCUGAUAUUAGUGAUGUUGAACGAAAGAUGAAAGAUAAAUAACGGCUGGAAAAUAAGGAAGAGGGUAUUAAUUCCAAAAUUAUCCACAAAGUAGUGAGAAUGCGCCUAAAGGAUUUAUUUUGCGAAUACAAGUCCAGCUGUGUACGUGCAACAACUUUGCUCUUUUCAAAACAGGAUCAAACCCUUAUACUAAAAGGUUAUAAAGGUCUUUUUUUUAAGAAAAUCCAUUUUAAGUUAACCUUUAAACUCGAGUAAUCCGGUCUCUAAGGGAAAACGUGUGUUUCCUAAAUGUUUUGGGAAAGAAGAAAUAAAAACAAAUAGUCGAGGGACCUCCGAAAGAGAGAGAUAUUCACACUUACGAAUGGUUUCCAUAAGAAUAUAUUAGGCCUCUCUAAGAGAUUGAUCUUGUUUAUAAUUUCAUCCAUCUUUCUUGACUGCACUGAGUGAACACAUCACAACUAAUAUGUGAUUGUAUGACCCUACCUUGACACAGGACCAAAAGGCAAGUUAUGAUUUUAACGACAUGGAUGCUGAUCCAAAGCCAAGAGACAGCGACCCUGAUAACUGGUAUGUAACUCACGCGAUCCUCAUGGCUCGAUCACAAAAAUUGACAGAGAGCCUCUCCACCAAGAGGACCGCAACCGUAGAUUGUGUUGCAUUCGUUUUAUUAACUCCUUAUACCCUGACAUCUGUAUGCCCAUUCUCCAUAUUGUUCUCUAUACGUUUCCUAAUGUGCUGACAUGAAGACUCUGUUUAGCAAUCAAGAGCUUCUUUAGUUGGUGAUCAAUUCCUUUACCAUCGUAACCUUAAUGUUUGAUUCAGGGGUGAUUUUGUUCGGAGAAAUUAGAUCAUGAUCCCUCUUGGAGGUCAAAAGGUUAACAUUGACAAUUUCUUCAGGUUGUGGAAAUUUUUUUAUUCGAAGACAUAAACGAGCAUAUCGCCUGAGAAGUCCUUUUACUCCACCAGAAUUACUGGCUACACACUUCAUAGAUAGAAGAUAGAGGAAUUUAAAAAUCUCCUAUAGGUCGGGCGCUAGCUCUCUACGCUCUCAGACAAAAACAGCCCCGUGCUAUAGUAGUGAAAGGAGUCUAUUGUCGACGGGAGUGUCUGAUAAAAGUCAUGAGCUGAGAGUAUAAGACUGUAGAGCAUAUUCAAUAUUUUUAUAGAAUGGAGAGGGAGAGAGAUAUAUAAACUAACGUAUAAUUGCCAUUUGGAAGCUUGCCAGGUAAUAAUUUCGUAAUCAAUCGAUCAUUUUGGACAAAUAGGGAAGGUUACGUGUAACCCUUUCCCCUGGUUACGCUUAUACGUGAUAUUGAUUAAUUUUGAUUAAGUGUUUUUAGACCAUGAAAAAUGGCAUGUUUCUUUUCACGUUUGUUUUCUCUACAAUCUUAGUCACGGUACACGGUGUGCUGGAGAGGUGGCAGCGGUCGCUAACAACAGUGUAUGUGGAGUGGGUGUAGCUUACGAUGCUAAUAUCGGAGGUAAAUAUACAAAAUAUACUCCAUGAUUUUCUCGUAAUUUGAAGUUGUCAAUAGGUGCAUGUUACCUCUUGGGUGCUUGCCUACUAUAGCAAACUAAUAUUGAAAGUCCCGUAUGAUGGAGAAACAAUUAAAAAUAUUUUAAGUUGCUCAUCUUGGUUCCUUCUGCAUGAAGCGAAUAAGGGUAUUAACCCCUCCCUCACCCCUAAAUAAGAUGCUAGAUCAUCGCACGUUACACCUCAACAUUUCCGCGUCAGUUCGCUCGUACCCAGUAAUACUCUUGGAGAAUGCCACUGUGGUGGAAAUAUCCCUCCCAAAAAAACAGCAUAAUGACCCGGUGAGGUCUCAAACCCAGACCUCUCGAGUCCAUUGCGCUUUCGCUUGGCCACCGCGUCUACCACAAAAAAAGUGUUUGACAUGGUAUCAAUAAUUUUACAAGAACAAUUUUCACUGUAUUGUGCCCUAGGUGUGCGGAUGCUAGAUGGUCAGGCUACAGAUGUGUUGGAAGGAAGUUCAUUGAGUUUCCAGUCUGAAUACAUCGACAUCUACAGUAACUGUUGGGGGCCCAAAGAUGAUGGAAAAACAUUUGGCAAACCUGGAAAACUUGCACAAGAGGCGCUUAUGCAGGGAGCUCUUAAGGCAAAUUAUUUAUUCAUUUAAAUAUCGUUAUCAAUGAAAAAAUUCCAAGUAGGUUAUGUCAAAGAGGAGCUUGAUCCCCGCGUUAAGCUGCACCCUUGGAAAUACAACAUAAGAACUAUUUAACAUCUUACACUAAAUCUAUAUGGGAUAGAAGUAUCCUGGAUAGAAAAGGAGUUAAUAAUUUUCAAAUCAAAGUACUAUGUGUAAAAAGCUGAGGGGAAAAUGAAUUAUUCAUUAAGUGACGCCUAUAAAGCUUGUCCAAACCGAGAGACUCUAUUACAAUUAAUUAUAAAAGACGGAAAUUGUCCAAAUAUGUGUACUUACUAGUAAGUAUAUGCCAUAAUAUUGGUUUGUGACUCAGGCCUUAAGAAUUUUAAUUCAAACAUUAAUUUUGAUUUUAAUGCUUUAAAAAUCAUUUCGAUUUGUAACAAUAACUUGAUCUCAAAAUGAAAAGGAAGAUGGGAAAUGCUAAUAUCAAUCGACCAAAUGAAAAACAAAAUUUAACAAAAGUCAUUAGUCGCCCGCUCAAGAGAUUUUUGGUUCCUUAUCACUGAUCUACUGAAGGGAGAAAACAUUUUUUAAAAUAGAGUUUAUUCUCAGAUUUUGCUUAGAUUUCAUACCACAUUUUGUAAGCUAACACUUAAAAUUGUGCGGUAAAUAAAUCUGUGAUUGUAAUGAACCAUGCUAAAAGGGCAUUUUAAACCUCCGAAGUUCUUUAAUCUAUUGUAAUUCUCAGGGUCGUGGCGGUAAAGGUAACAUCUACGUUUGGGCGACCGGCAAUGGAGGUCUUACAGAUGACGACUGCAACUGUGAUGGCUACACUACCAGUAUAUACACCAUAUCGGUUGGGUGUAUCGGUGAUCAUGGUCUCUCCGCCUACUACACCGAGUUGUGCUCCUCCACGCUGGCUGUCACUUUUAAUGGAGGCUCUCACAGGGAGAAGGAGGAAAACAAAAUGGUAAGGCUAUCAGGUUGCUUGUUGGUCUUUGGACUGUGUCAUAGAUUAGAUCAGAAAACGGUUACACGUGUAGCUGUUAUUUUGAGCUAAAGACAAUUGGGAUAGAGGUCAUUUCUUGCUUUGUCAUCAAUAAUCCUUAGAAAGAUAUGUUGGGACUUGCUCUUCCCCAUACGGUAUGAAGUUUUGAAUGGCUAAAUACAAAGAACACGUGAGCGGUGAAAACGGUGAACUUUUUACGCGCGGAAGAGCUGGUUUAAUUGCUUGAAACAUCUGUUGGAAACAAGGCACUUGGUGGAAUUCCGUUUCGCCAAUUGAUAUUGUAAUGAGGUGACUGGGUCUUUAAGAGGUUUACAUACCGAUACAUUAGUGAGAGGAACAUUCCUUUCCUCUUGUAAAAUGUUCUAUUCUUUUUCAUUUUGUCUCAGGUAACGACAGAUUUGCAUCAUAAGUGCACAGAAGAGUUUAAAGGCACAUCAUCUGCCGCGCCUCUGGCUGCAGGAAUGUUUGCCCUCGUUUUACAAGCGAAGUAUGUUUGCAUGACUACGAGGACUGCUGAUGAAGAGUCAAGAUUACAAUUGUAUCGUGCAUUUGUGCCUUUUCGUUUGUUCCCCUUACGUCAAACAAAACAAACAAUCGAACAGACAAACAAUCAUAAAAAAUAAACAGACACAAAAGACCAUCAGCUCAAACAGCACGUUCAUCUAUGGUUCAAGCAGACUUUUAGGAAUUGCUUCGCCUUUGAUUUACGGGUUUCUCUCUCGCAGUCGGCAAUGACAAGCUGCUAGAAAAGACUCCAGAUCUGUUUCGCGCUUGACUAUAUGUUGAUCUCUUUUCAGCCCAAACCUUUCAUGGCGAGAUCUCCAGCAUCUUGUGGUUGAAACAGCUCAGGUAACGAGCCCUGUUGACGAAGGCUGGAUGAAAAAUGGUGCUGGUUACCAUUUUAAUCACAAGUUUGGCUUUGGGAGGUUAGACGCCGCUGCCAUGGUAAGAAGAGCGAAAACAUGGAAGAAUGCUCCUCCCCAAAGAACAUGUCAUGGACCUUCCAGUCAGACGCAACAGUAAGUAAGAUUUGAAAAAAUGUAUUCUAUGUUAAUUUUUUAAGAGUUUGGAUUGGGAUUUAAAUUGAAGAACUGUCGAAUGUUUGAUAUGAAGCAAAAUGAAAGACACGCUGAUGAAUUGUAGUCUUAUGAAUAUAUAAUUACGUCAAUGAUCUAUUCAAUAUGAAUGGUUUGAAGAAAAAACUGAUCCAUCGUAACCAACAAGGUCUGAAUUUAGAGUUUUGGUCUCAGAGGUUCCUCUUUGUUGCUAAGCUGUGUUCAGGUUUUUCCAACAUAAAGCGACCUAGAAGUGUUUGCACUACUGUAAUGAAACUAUACUCAACUUGGAGGGGACUUGUAAGCCCUACGCCAAUAUUUCAAGAUACAUUGACUGCUGCGAAGAUCCUUUAAUGGGCUGUGGGAUAUUUACAACGUUCUGCAUCAUUUAAGUUUGAAAUCGAAGAGAUCUGUCAAUCUGUCUGUAACAAAUCUUCUUAUAGAGAAAUUCCCGCCGGCGGAACUUUAUCUAUCACCAUCGACACAAUAGCUUGUGACGGUACCGACAAAGAAAUCAACAAGUUGGAACACGUGACUCUGACCGUCAGCUUUCAACACCGGCGGCGUGGUGACGUUAGCAUCGAUCUUUUUUCGCCGAGCGGGACUAGGAACGAAAUGCUGUCGACUCGGCGUUACGACGAUUCAAAGAACGGCCUCCAUGAUUGGACUUUCAUGACCGUGCACAACUGGGGAGAGAAUCCUAAAGGAGUAUGGGUGAUGAAUGUAACCGAUAACAUCGCUACCUUAAACAAGGGCGUAGACGUAAAUGGAUAUCUCCAACACGAUACCAGUAAACAGGAAGCGGACGUGGAGGACUUAGAGGAGGAGGUAGGUCAAAGAAGUUUCUGCAAAUUCGCCUUGCGUCUCACCCAAAAAAAACAUACCCUGAGUUCUAAUAGCAUAACGCGUCCAGAUGGGAUUGGAUACAAGAGGAUGAACUCUUACAUACAUUGAUCAUUUGUUAAUGAUAUCUUAUGUUGAUCACAAACGCAAAGGUUAUCGAUGACGAAAAGAAAACUCAAGAGCUGGAGGCAAACAAAGGUGGAGGGAAAGUUGUUCAAGACAAAGGUGCCACUUGGGAUGCACCUUACCCCGAGGGGGUCAAGAAACACAAAAUUCACACACCGGAUAAACCAGACAGUUCAAAGGGUACGGAGGGUACGGAAGGUAGGAAAGGGAAAGCAACUGUGCAUGCGGAAGUGAAAGAUGAAAAAAAUAACGGUUAGUAUAAGUAACAAAUGCAGAAAUUCGUGAAAUGGUAGAUGCUAUCUUUCUUAUUUGGUAAAAGACGACUCAGCAAUAUAUAAGACAACUGGUAAGAGUGGACGAAAACUAAUCUAGAAUAAAGAGCGUAUAUUGAAAAAUAAAUGAUAGUGCCAAGGCCCGUUCUAGAAAAGAAAAUUCCCAGCAAUGAGUAACACCGUAUUUUGGGACAUUCUAGGAUCAAUUUUUUCAUUUUCAUUAUUUUCUAUUUAGGGACCAUUAUUUAUUCAUUAGGAUCAUUAUUUAUCACCCGGGGCGGCGGGGGGGGGGUUUUUAGGGGAUCACAUAAUUUCCAAGGGGAACUGAGGAGUCGCCCCAGGAACUAUAGAAAGUUGACCACCAAUUAACUGCCAACAAGAGGGGGGGGGGGGUCAUAAGAACAUUUCAGUGCCUUAAAGGUGGACCAGGUAAAUUUUAUCGUGACACUCAGAGCCCUCCCCCGGACUGGUCUCUUAGAUUCACGUAUUUCUUUGAAUUGGACGUUCACUUUACACAUACAAAUGAAACUGGUGUCCUUAUGAACGCCUAAUUAAUUUUAUCAUUUGCUUUAAAGUGCCUGGCAAUAUGGAGGCAGACACAUGGGGAGAGUAUGAGCCCGGGAUGUUCGGUACCUUUCUUCCGGAGGAUUUCCAAAAGGGGGUGGGUAUGAGUGAAAACCCCGGUGCUUUUGUUGCUGCAUUCGAAACACCGGAAGAAACGUCACAAGAUAAUAACUACCAAAUAGACAGAGCCUCGAAAAAGACACUUAGUAACGAGGAUGUAGGUAACGACGAGAAUGAUCAAGUUUACGGAUACGAUCGUUAUAUUUACACGAAUGAGCCUGAGGAUCAAACGAAGGCGUCCCAGACAAAACGAACGGAUACUGAUUAUCAGGGACAGCGUGUUCAGGUUACAACGGAAGAGACUGGAUCUCAGCGAGUGCAAGUCAAUAAUGGUUUUCAAGAGGAGUUUGUUCCAGGAUUAAACCCAGAAUCUGGUAGAAUUAGUUCAGGGGUGUUUUUAGAAUGGAAGCUAACAUUUUACGGGACGGGUCCCAGUGAUAGCGUGUCAGGUGAUGGAGAAGAUGAUGACGAUGAUGAAAAUGAUUCUUCAGACAUGGAUAUAGACUUGUAGAUGUUUAUGCUUUGUCGCUCUUUUUUUAUUGGCGCGAUCCUUAGGGACAUUUAUUGAAUAAUGUACAGCGAGUUUAAAGUCACUAAAAUCUAGCGACCUUCUGUCGUCACGUUAUAAUAAGAAAGCUAAUUUUACGCGCGAGUGGCUCUGUUUGGAAACAUAUGUGUGUGGAAUUGGAUUUUUGCUAUUCCACGCCAGUUAUUGACAUAUGCUAUGGUCAUUUCCAAGUCAUUUAUGCCCCUUAUGUGCAAGUGCAAAGUUCGGGGCUCAGCGUGCAGGUUCUAAUGGAGGUUGAUGGCCCAUGCAUGAUUUUACACAAUGAUUCAGUUUCAUACAAACUUGCCGUCAUAAUGGUAUCAGCUUUUUAAUUUUGCAUCUUUUAAAAAUUUAGUUCAAAAUCUGUUAAAUUUCAUAGUCUAGUAGAAAAUCGAUAGCAGUAUGCAAAAGGUGCAAGAGGGUUGUAGCCAAGGGGGAGGCACUCUCGUGGUGAAAUUUUUCUGCCUCUAUUCAAGAACCGAUCAUUUUUAAACCAAUACAACAUCCUGGCAUACCCCCUAAAAGCCAGGAAUAUGCUUGUGCAGACCCCCCGUCCUUUGUCUACGCCCUUGAGGUGUAUGUUUACCGUCUUUUCUCGCCAACAGAAGGUUAUGCUUGGAGGAAAAGGACAAACUUGACGAGUCCUAGAGGAGGGUUAAGGCAAAAUUCGAGAACACUAGCUAUUUCUAUGGUUGUUAAUAUUUACAAAUUACUCAGAAAUUUUGAUCUUGAUGGUUCCAUAGUAGACCUUUCUUCAAAAUGGUUACGGUUAGACCAGAUCUAGAAGGCUUAAUCAUUUUUGAUUGUCAUAAACACGUCUAGUUUCCUUCGCAGCCGUAGUGUAGUCUCGUCAAGCAACGUGUUCUCUUCCUCAGCAACAAGAUCUAAACGACGGCUGCGAAAGAGACUAUAAACACGUGAUACACACCUACACAUCAUGUUCCCUUUCCCCACAUGCCGCUCGGGUAUCAUGCAACAGCGCGAUUUUUAAAUGAGUGUCGAAAACAAUCCGGAAAAUUGCAUUCAGAAGUCUCCCUUCUCUACGCCCUAUAAGAUUGGUAUAAAAACUUGCGGCAUUCUCUCAACCAAUACGAUGCAAAACUCAAACGAUCUCGACCUGCUGAGUCAUGUUUUCUUGCACCUCAGAAAGUUUCCUUGCCUGUCAUUGGCUUCAUGUUAUUUCCUCCUUUGCUCUUAUCAGCCGUUGCGGUUACUUUGGUGUUAGUUUUUCGACACUCAAUCGAAAAGCGCUCUAUAUAGGUCCCAAUUACAUCAUAUUACAACGACCUAUGUAUACUUUUUUUUUAAAAAUGCUCUUGCCUUAUUUUAAGGUCAAAGUAUAGAUUGCUGCUUCUGUGUCUUAUCUUCAAGAUGUUUUCCCUUGCUGCUCACGCGAAUAUGAUAUGUACUUCUUGCCUGAUGAUUUUUUAAAUGGACGCAGUUUUGAUCAAUAAAAGCCGUG